UUACAGGAAGAUGUGGAUCUUAUGGCAAAACUGAAUUUUGAUGCAUACAGGUUCUCCAUCUCAUGGACCAGAAUUUUCCCUGAUGGGACUGGGAAAGUAAAUUGGAAGGGAGUUGCAUAUUACAACAGGUUGAUCAACUACUUGCUAGAAAGAGGCAUCACACCGUAUGCUAAUCUUAAUCACUAUGAUUUUCCUGAAGCACUUGAGAAGAAAUACAAUGGCUGGUUGAGUUAUCAAGCAGUGAAAGAUUUUGCUGAUUUUGCGGAUUUCUGUUUCAAGACCUUUGGAGACAGGGUGAAGGACUGGAUGACAUUCAAUGAACCAAGAGUAGUUGCUGCACUUGGGUAUGAUAAUGGGUUCUUUGCUCCUGGAAGGUGCUCCAAAGCAUAUGGAAAUUGUACUGCAGGCAAUUCUGGGACCGAGCCAUACAUUGUUGCCCAUCAUUUGAUUUUAUCCCAUGCAGCUGCAGUGCAGAGAUACCGCGACAAGUACCAACAAAAACAGAAGGGAAGGAUUGGAAUUCUCUUGGAUUUUGUAUGGUACGAACCUCUUACCAGAUCAAAGGCUGACAGAUAUGCGGCUCAAAGAGCAAUAGACUUUCAUGUUGGAUGGUUUAUACAUCCCCUUGUGUAUGGAGAGUAUCCUAGGACAAUGCAGGUGAUUGUGGGCAAUAGGCUACCCAAGUUCACAAAAGAAGAGGUUAAGAUGGUGAAAGGAUCAUUUGAUUUUGUGGGCAUUAACCAGUAUACAACUUACUAUAUGUAUGACCCGUAUCAGUCUAAACCAAAAGUUUUAGGCUAUCAGCAGGAUUGGAAUACUGGAUUUGCUUAUGCGAAAAGAGGAGUGCCAAUUGGUCCAAGAGCGUAUUCUUAUUGGCUCUACAAUGUGCCUUGGGGAUUGUAUAAGUGUCUGAUGUAUAUAAAAGAGAAGUAUGGGAAUCCCAUUGUAAUUUUGUCUGAAAAUGGUAUGGAUGAUCCAGGAAACGUGACGCUUGCCCAGGGAUUGCAUGACACUACAAGGAUCAACUACUACAAGGGUUACAUGACUCAGAUGAAAAAGGCUGUUGAUGACGGGGCAAACGUUGUUGGCUACUUCGCAUGGUCAUUGCUGGACAAUUUUGAAUGGAGAUUAGGCUACACUUCAAGGUUUGGCAUUGUCUAUGUUGAUUUCUCAAGCUUGAAGAGGUACCCAAAGAUGUCAGCCUACUGGUUCAAGCAGCUUCUUACUCGAAAAAAGCAAUAAGCGGCCAGACUCUGUUCAUGUUUUAAUCAUGUAGAGAGACUGUUCAUGCAAGAAACAAACCAUUGUGAGGCCAGCUCCAAUGCUUUAGCCCUCCCAUAGUAUGGUUAUUUCCCUUCCUACCAUUGUAACCACCUAGCUUAAGUACUAAAAGAAUAAAUGGUGCUCAAUAAUGACUUCUAAAAGCAUACAGGUGUUUUUGGUGCAUCAUUUUGUGAUUCUUGUUAAAAAAAGAAACGAAAAAGAAAUUGUAAAUUAAACAGAUGAAAGAUUACACACGAGCAAAAAAGUUCAAAAUACUGUUCCUAGUCCUUGAGUUGCUGCAAUUACUUCUCUUCAACUUGUCAUUUUGGCCUCUUCCUCUCCCACUAAACACUCUUUUGGUUUUAGAACUCACACUUU